AUGUCCUACUCCAAAGGAAACAACAAGCCUGCCCAGGUUUCAAACAUGGACUUUCUAACUCGCGCAUUCCAGCGUCUGGCGAUCCAGGACAGAAGGCCUCCCCAGGCGUUUAACUUCGACUGCGCCAGUCUCAUAUUCGACCACCUGGCCAUCGAGGAUAUAUUCCGCCUCGAGCGUGUGAGUAAGACGUGGCGAGACUACGUGAGGGACUGGAUGUCGGGGCCCGGUAUGCACAAACUCUUUCCAGAUGCUAUACGCGCCAACAGCGAGGCUGGAGCUGGUAUAGGUAGCGGAAAGCGGGCAGGAGGUGCCGACCCCGCUGACAGAUUCAAGAGGUUCCUACGCGAGGGAACAUGCAGCGAAAGGUGGGAAACUGGCCGCGCUAACGUUGCAAACGAGUAUGUGUGUUCCAAUGUGCCACACCUGCAUAGUAGCUCUCCUGGCAUUUAUACCGCGGGCGACUACCUUGUCUACACAAGCGGAUGGCACAUUUUCGGGACACGCCUGGGACAGGAGAAGGGCGCAGGUGGAACUCCAUCGUCCUACCCAGUCCGUGAGCUGGACGCCGCAAAUGCCAACCUUCGACGGGCUGGCGAUGUGCGUGACAUCAGGGUCCACGCCUCAGGCUUGGCUGUUGUCUACAACAACAGUGUCCAUAAUCACUGUUGGCAGACGUUCGAUAUCAAGACCGGGAAUAUGCUCUGGACUACAGCGAUCCCCCAGUAUAUUAAUGCUCGUGACUACAACGUAGCCCUAGGUUGGCAUAGGCUUUACCGGUUCGACAAGGAUCUGUCUGUUCUUGAUUCCUAUGAUAUCAGGACGGGGGCACUGGUCUCCUCACAACAAACGGGCCUAAUCCUUGAACCAACCUGGGGAACCCGGCAGGGGGUCAUCUGGCGCCUUCAAGGCCGCGAUGUCCUGGUCACAAUUGACGCCCGCCAGGUCGACCCCUCCGACACCCUAUCCAAGAAAAAGAUGCUUUGCAUCAUGGACACCGAAACGCACCAAAUCAUCCAGCGUAUCCCGCUCGAACACGCCAACGCCCCCCGGCCAUACCAGCAACGUUGCGGGCCCCUCGUGCAUGUUUCAUCGCGCCACGAUGACCACGCCUUCGCCGUGAUAACCGCCGGCUGUGAGCAGGACGGCGCUGGAAUGCAGCAGGUCCGCACGAUCCGAACGUUCCAGUACCACGCACGGGAGGGGAAAUUCAAGGAGCGAACCAUCGAACACGUCGACCUGCGCGGUUUCAGGUUCUCCAAUCGCACGGCCUUCGACAUCGAUCCGUUCAGACGAUUCCUCAUCGCCCAAGAUUCGAGCACUGGUCGUCUGUGUCGAUACCCGACGCCCUACGUAUUCGCCGCCAGCCCGCAUACUUUGCCCCCCGUGCCUGCUUCGCCGCUCCCUCUCUUUGUGGGAGACGACACCACGACCCCGUAUCCCGUCGUGAUGAACCCGCCUAAGCCGGGCGCCACGGGCGCCACUUUCGCUUCACCCUGGAAGGCCAAGGUUAUGCGGAACCGGCUAUACUUGUAUUACUGGAAGAAGCACUCUGACGAUGGUGUGACGCUUCGCGCCAACACCAGAACCGUGGCGCUGACUUUUGGGUCCUCUGCUCCGUCGAUUCCGGACCCUGAAGCGGCCACAUGCCUUCAUCACCCUGAUGGGCUGGCUGAGAAGGAAAUGUGA